CCAAUGGUAUUUUGCAGCUGGAAAUAUUGUUUUGAAGUAUUGAUAAGCUGAUAAUUUUACGUGAUUUGUUGGCAGAUUUUCUUGUGGUUUUCUCUCUAGGAUCAUUGAAAAAUACUUUUAGUUUAGUGAAGUAAAUUUCCCGAACAAAAUCAGUGGGGAAAUUUACUAGAUUUCAGUGAAAAAUGGUUCGUGUGUUGUUCCUGCAUCCGGAUCUUGGGAUAGGAGGAGCUGAAAGAUUGGUAGUGGAUGCUGCCUUGGCACUCCAGAGUCGAGGACACGUGGUAAGCUUCUUGACCAACCAUCAUGAUGAAUCUCAUUGCUUCGAGGAGACACGGAAUGGCACAAUAGCCGUGAAGACAGUUGGAGAUUGGCUCCCAAGGAGCAUUUUUGGGAAGUUUAGCGCCUUCUGCGCCUACCUCCGGAUGAUCUAUGCUGCUUUCUACACAGUUCUUGUGGUGUCACAGAAUGAGAAGAUAGAUGCUAUAUUCUGUGAUCAGAUCUCACUGGGAAUUCCUGUGCUGAGGCUUGCCAAGAAUAGCCCUAAGAUUCUCUUCUAUUGUCACUUUCCUGAUCAGCUUCAGACAAAGCCUGGAGGUUUCCUGAAGAGUAUCUAUCGAGCACCAUUGAAUUUUCUCGAGGAGAAGACAACAGGACAAGCUGAUAGGGUUUUGGUGAAUAGCAAAUUCACCAGGAGGGUUUUCAAGAGUACCUUCCGGAGCUUGUCUCUGGACCCGGAUGUCCUCUACCCGUCUCUAAAUACCAAGUUCUUUGACACUCCUCCUCAGGACGAUGAAGUGUCAUGUAAGAUUCCCAGCAAAUCCUUCAUAUUCCUCUCUAUAAAUCGCUACGAGAGGAAGAAGAAUCUCUCCCUGGCCAUUGAUACCUUCCGGGAUAUUGCAGCUACGGUGUCAGCCACGGAAUUUGACAAAAUGCACCUGAUUCUCGCCGGAGGAUACGACACUAGAGUCUCGGAGAACGUUGAACACUUCCAGGAGCUCCAAUCUUUAGCGCAGCGCUACAAAAUUUUGGACAAGGUAACUUUCCUGCGUUCCCCGAAGGAUAACACGAAACUCUGGCUCCUGAACACUGCCCACGUCUUACUGUACACCCCAGAAAAUGAGCAUUUCGGAAUCGUACCCUUGGAAGGGAUGUACAUGGCAAAACCAGUGAUUGCUGUAAACAGUGGAGGCCCAAUGGAGACCAUUGUGGAUGAGAGUACAGGAUUCCUCUGCCAGCCAACUCCCGGAGACUUCAGGAAGCCCAUGCUGAAGUUAUUCCGGGACCCAAAACUCAUCGAAUCCAUGGGACAAAUGGGAAGGAAGCGAGUUCAGCAGAAGUUCUCCUUCGAGGCAUUCACUUCAUCCCUCAACCAGAUCAUUGAAGAACUCCUGCAAGACCCCAAAUAGCCCCUCCUGACCAUUGUGGUCAGGAGGCAAUAAAAACACACUCAAAAUAGGACAAAUUCUUUUAUUUCACUCUGCAAUCUUGGUCAGAAUUAUUGCCUAAAGUUCCAGUCCACUUUUCGCGCGGACUCCCUGACAGCCCGAUGUAGUCUUUUAGGUUAGGAAAAAUAGAACAAUAAAUGUUCAGAGUUUAAA